GUGCAUUAAUAUAAACUGAUAAAAUUUCUAUGAAAAAUUACAAAUUUUGAACGUUCAAACAGUUCUAGUUUUAGUAUGUAUCUCUAUCUCUAUCCAAAGAACCGAGUAAGCAGAGUUAAAUAAAAUUACUAGGGAAAAUAGGGUCGGGGAUUCACGAUUCUGAGGUAUAAAAUAGGAAACUAGUUUUACGAACAUAACCUCUUACAUGAGAAAACCAUAGGAAGAUACAAUAUUAAUAUAAAUCACGGAUGAUACAAAUUAAGCAAAUAUAUCUAUUUCACUUAAACAAAUGUAUCAAACAGCUCAAUCUAAACAUUUUCUGCAGUAAUAUAGUUAUCCCUUUAUAUCAUAACUCGUUAGCAAUUAAAAGCCAAUACGUAUAGUCCAUCCAUAAUCUCUUCGUGAUUGUUGCGGUUGCAAUCACGUUUUGUUUAAGUAUACUGUCUUGUCUCGUUGGACCAUGAACAUAGGAAUAUGUCAGACAGACAGACUAUAGUGUAGUGUAACGUGACUAGUUAUGUUUACUUUUUCUGACUCGAUUAACUGACAGACCAUGAUCAUAUAAACAAGUAUCGACACUUGUUAGGGGAAACCGUCCGAAAAUUGAAUUGUGAAAGACCAAAAUGGAAGACAACGAAGUUCUCGUUCUGCGAGAUAGACACAAAUGAGUAGUGUCUUUAUCUCUGUAUGAGACAUACAUAGCAUGUCAGGCAUGCGCAAAACGGAAACCUUCUUUCCUUCCAUGUUGAUUUUUCAUGAUUCAAUUUCCAGUUUUCGCUUGGCUUCAGCAGGCUUCGGUGUUUGGGUAUCGACGUCGAGACCUGUUUAUAUGAUCGUGAAACGGAACACUUAAAGUACAGAUCACAGUCAUUUAUGAAUUGGACAGAAUAUAGUUUCGAUUUAUUUAUAAAUUAUUCUAGAAAGACUUAUUAUAAGUUACAAUACUUUAAUUUUGAAGGAAUAUGAGUCGUCAUCCAAAUACAGAUUACAAAAAAAGUGAGCCUCAAGUAGAAUUGGAAAGUCAAUUUAUUUUGCGUUUACCACCAGAACCGGCGCGAGUUUUACGAGAAACACUACGGAAUGGAUUGUCUUUAAAAGAUAGAUUAAGUAUAAAACUGGAAAAUGAUAUGCGUUAUGGUGAGGCUAGAUUCGAUCAUUGGCUUCUUCAUGGAAAGGUUGUUGAUUUACCAACGAUUGUAGAAUCUUUAAAAACUAUUGAUAACAAGAGUUUCUAUAAAACUGCUGAUAUAUGUCAGAUGUUAAUUUGCAAAGAAGAAGAUGAUCAUACUACUACGGAUGAAGAAUCUCCAGUUAGGCAAAAGAAAAAAGAUCCUAAUAAAGUAGAUAAAAAAUUUCUGUGGCCACAUGGUAUAACUCCACCUACUAAAAAUGUAAGACGUAGAAGAUUUAGAAAAACGUUGAAGAAGAAAUAUGUGGAAGCUCCAGAAAUUGAGAAAGAAGUUAAACGUUUGUUAAGAGUGGAUAAUGAUGCAGUUAAUGUUAAGUGGGAGGUGAUAUGUGAAGAUGAAGAUCAAUCAAAACCAAGCAAAGUCUCGUCAUCUGGUACAGUGAAAACUAAGAGAGAAAGUAUCAAUGGCAAUACAUCUCAAAGUUUUGACGUUGCGGAACAUGACAUAUUUGGCGAACCUGUAAGUGAUAGUGAGGAAGAUGAUGAGGAAGCAAAUAUAAAUGUAAUGGAAUUGGAUGAGAAUAGUCGACUUUCUGCAGACAGUAGAGUAUCAGACUCUAAUUCUAUGCAAGCUGCAUAUUCAGAGAGGCCUAGCAAUAUUGAAGCAAAUAAUAGACUUUGCACAGUAUUCAGCAAAGAAAUGUUCCAAAGUGACAAUAAUAUGGAAGCAGACGUAGAAAAAACAGAGGAUACAUCUAUAUCAAAAGUACCUAAAGUUGAACAAUUCCAUUCAGAAUAUAUCAUUUCAGAUAACUUUUCAGAAUUACCUUGUGUUUCAGCAUUAAAAGAUUCACUGCAAACACGUCUGGCGACUUUACACGCGGAAUUAGCUGAACUGCGUCAAAGAAGGCAACAACAAGAGCUUGCAAUAGCCAACAUUGAAAACGUUAAAUUGAGGCAAAGACUUCAAGAAAUAUUGGAUAAUUUAUUAACGCAAGAAAUGCAAAAGGUUCAAGAGAUUCAAGACUUAGAGUAAGGAUAAUGUUGAUAUACAUAUAAUUAUAAUAAAUUAAAUAUUAUAAUCAAAAUAUCUAUUUACAUUUGUGAAGUUCCUGGCAAUAAGAGGCCAAAUCUAUCUAUUGUAUUUCGUUAAUUUCCAUUUUCUUUUAAUUAAUAAAAAUCUAAUAUAUGUA